AUGGCCAGCGGUAGGCCUCCCGGACCUCAUCCAGCCGCUGGCCACAACGAGGAACUGCUGCUGGAUGAGUCCACUCCCAUGUACAACACGGGCCAACGUCCGCCUGUGAAUGAUGACAACCUGUUGCGACAGUACGACAUCGAUGACUCCGACCAACCCCAAUCCCGUCCCUCCGUUUCCUACGAUAGCUUCGUCGGCGGACAGGCUCCGCCGCAUUCGGGCGCCCAUGCGACUUCCUCUGCGCACCCUCCGGCGCAAACCGGGGGCUACCUCACCGAUCCUUACACCGGAGCCGACGUGUCUCGCACCUAUUCCCACACCUCCGGCCUGAGCAACUACAACCGCUACUCACUCGACGAAUACGACGACGACCGGUCGCUGCACGGAUACUACGAUCUGGAUGAUGACGACGUACACCACUCGGAGCCCGACAGCCGGGUUCGCCAGGCGAAGGAGCGGAACAGCAUCCUGGGUCUGGGCGGUGGCCUGAUGGGCCGAGCGAAGCACAUGCUGGGCAUGGGGCCCGAGUACUCGGAAAUGGAUCUUCCCUUGACGGAGUCGGGCGGUCGUGCGGCUCGGCUGGACAGUGCAGAUCCGGAUGAGGCGGCUGCGACCGGGGCUCGAAAGAAGUCGAAGAAAUCGGACUUCAAGUUCGGGUUCGGUCGCAGGAAGGUCGACCCGUCGACUCUGGGACCUCGAAUGAUCGUUUUGAACAAUCCGCCCGCGAACGCCGUGCACAAAUUCGUAGACAACCAUGUCUCGACGGCCAAAUACAACAUUUUCACCUUCAUCCCGAAGUUCCUGUUCGAGCAGUUCUCGAAGUACGCCAACCUGUUCUUCCUGUUCACCGCCGUUCUUCAACAGAUCCCGAAUGUCACUCCCACGAAUCGGUAUACCACGAUCGGUCCGCUGUUGAUUGUGUUGUUGGUGUCGGCCAUCAAAGAACUUGUGGAGGAUUACAAGCGGAGGUUGUCUGAUAAAGGGUUGAACUUUUCCAAGACACAGGUACUGAAAGGCUCGAGCUUCCAUGAGAUUAAGUGGAUUGAUGUCGCUGUGGGUGAUAUUGUUCGCGUGGAGUCUGAGCAGCCAUUUCCCGCCGAUAUGGUCUUGCUUGCGUCGUCGGAGCCUGAGGGUCUAUGCUAUAUCGAAACGGCGAAUCUGGACGGCGAAACCAACCUCAAGAUCAAGCAAGCUAUUCCGGAGACAGCGCAUUUGGUUAGUCCCGCGGAUCUCAGUCGGUUGACCGGGCGCGUCCGAUCGGAACAGCCAAACAGCAGUCUUUACACGUACGAGGCCACAUUGACUAUGCACGCGGGAGGUGGUGAGAAGGAACUGCCACUGGCCCCGGAUCAACUGCUCCUGCGAGGUGCGACCCUGCGCAACACCCCCUGGGUGCAUGGAAUUGUCGUUUUUACCGGCCACGAAACGAAGUUGAUGCGAAACGCGACGGCGACCCCGAUUAAAAGGACGGCUGUUGAGCGUAUGGUCAACGUCCAGAUCCUCAUGUUGGUUGGUAUCCUCGUGGCGCUCAGUGUGAUCAGUUCCGUUGGUGAUCUGGUUAUCCGGCAAACAGAACGCAGUCAACUCACGUACCUCGACUACGGCAGUACCAAUGCUGUCAAGCAGUUUGUUCUGGACAUCUUCACUUACUGGGUCUUGUACUCGAACUUGGUUCCGAUCUCUCUCUUCGUCACAAUUGAGAUUAUCAAGUAUGCGCAGGCAUUCUUGAUCAACGCGGAUCUCGACAUUUACUACGACAAGACUGAUACCCCUGCAACCUGCCGGACGUCAUCGUUGGUCGAGGAGUUGGGACAGAUCGAGUAUAUCUUCUCCGACAAGACGGGAACCCUGACGUGUAACAUGAUGGAGUUCAAGCAAUGCACUAUUGCCGGUGUCCAAUAUGGAGAGGACGUCUCUGAGGACCGCCGCGCUACUGUGGAAGACGGUGUCGAAGUGGGCGUUCAUGACUUCAAGAAGCUCAGGGAGAAUCUCCGCUCCCACCCUUCGUCAGAUGUGAUUCACCACUUCCUCACUCUGCUUGCGACUUGCCAUACCGUCAUUCCGGAGAGAUCUGAGAAGGAGCCGGGUAAGAUCAAGUAUCAGGCAGCGUCUCCGGAUGAAGGUGCGCUGGUCGAGGGUGCUGCGAUGCUGGGCUAUCGAUUUUCUAACCGCAAGCCCAGAUCCGUGAUCUUCACGGUGGAGGGUCAGGACUACGAGUAUGAGUUGCUGGCCGUCUGCGAAUUCAAUUCUACAAGAAAGCGUAUGUCUACUAUCUUCCGCUGCCCAGACGGCAAGGUCCGUAUCUAUACCAAGGGUGCGGAUACUGUUAUUCUCGAGCGGCUGCACCCUGAUAACCCGACCGUUGAGGCGACGCUGCAACACCUGGAGGAAUAUGCAUCGGAGGGUCUACGUACGCUUUGUUUGGCGAUGCGCGAGGUUCCCGAAGCGGAGUUCCAGCAGUGGUACCAGAUCUAUGACAAGGCCGCAACUACGGUCAGCGGAAACCGCGCAGAUGAAUUGGACAAGGCAGCCGAACUGAUUGAGAAGGACUUUUACCUUCUCGGAGCCACGGCCAUUGAGGAUCGCUUGCAGGAUGGAGUCCCGGAUACUAUCCACACCCUCCAGACGGCAGGCAUCAAGAUCUGGGUUUUGACCGGCGACAGACAGGAAACGGCCAUCAACAUUGGAAUGUCGUGUAAGCUGAUUUCGGAGGAUAUGACUCUGCUCAUUGUCAACGAGGAAAGCGCCCAGGCUACCAAGGAUAAUUUGAUGAGAAAGCUUCAAGCUGUUCAGAGCCAGGGUACUUCGGGCGAGACUGAAGCGAUGGCAUUGAUUAUCGAUGGCCGGUCGUUGACCUUCGCUCUCGAGAAGGACAUGGAGAAGUUGUUUUUGGACUUGGCGGUGUUAUGCAAGGCGGUUGUUUGCUGUCGUGUGUCUCCCCUGCAAAAGGCCCUUGUGGUCAAGCUGGUCAAACGACACCUCAAGUCCUUGCUUCUGGCGAUCGGCGACGGCGCCAACGACGUGUCUAUGAUCCAGGCCGCCCAUGUCGGUGUGGGUAUCAGCGGUGUUGAGGGUUUGCAGGCUGCACGGUCUGCGGACGUGUCGAUCGCUCAGUUCCGUUAUCUGCGCAAGCUCCUUCUGGUCCACGGGGCCUGGAAUUACCACCGUAUCAGUCGAGUGAUCUUGUACUCGUUCUAUAAGAAUAUCGCUCUCUGUAUGACGCAGUUCUGGUAUUCAUUCCAAAACGCUUUCUCUGGCGAGGUUAUCUACGAGUCGUGGACACUGUCGUACUACAACGUCUUCUUCACCGUGCUUCCCCCUUUCGCCAUGGGCAUUUGUGAUCAGUUCAUCUCUGCGCGAUUGCUGGAUCGGUAUCCGCAGCUGUACCAGAUGGGUCAGAAGAGUCUGUUCUUCCGCCGACACAGCUUCUGGUCCUGGAUCGCCAAUGGGUUCUACCACUCGUUGCUCUUGUACAUCGUCGGACAGCUCUUCUUCAUCUGGGACGGUGCCCAGGCCGACGGCAAAACCGCGGGCCACUGGGUCUGGGCCGAGGCCUUGUACACGGCUGCGCUGGCGACGGUGCUGGGCAAGGCGGCCUUGAUCACGAACAUCUGGACCAAAUACACCUUCAUCGCGAUCCCCGGCUCGAUGAUCAUCUGGCUGAUCUUCCUGCCGGCCUACGGCUACGCGGCCCCGGCGAUCGGCUUCUCGACCGAGUACUACGGCACGAUCCCGGUGGUGUUCAAGUCGCCCACCUUCUACCUGCUGGUGGUGAUACUGCCCUGCAUCUGCCUGCUCCGCGACUACGCGUGGAAGUACGCCAAGCGCAUGUACUUCCCGCAGCACUACCACCACGUGCAGGAGAUCCAGAAGUACAACGUGCAGGACUACCGGCCGCGGAUGGAGCAGUUCCAGAAGGCGAUCCGCAAGGUGCGGCAGGUGCAGCGCAUGCGCAAGCAGCGCGGGUACGCGUUCAGCCAGGCGGACGAGGGCGGCCAGAUGAGAGUUGUAAAUGCUUACGAUACCACGAGAGGAAGAGGACGCUAUGGAGAAAUGACCAGCUCGCGAGCUCUAGUGUAA